UCCUCUCUGCUGGGGAACCUUUGGACCACUCCCCCUGCUCCACCGAGCAGUGUUUCUGGCUACAGCUGACCCACCAUGGCCGCUGCUCCCAUCAAAAACUUCCUGGUUACCUUUUUAAUGCCAGAAAAAUGUUACGAAGAGCUUGUGGUCAAAUUGCACGUGCACGUGCCUUGCUUAAAGUUUGCAAUGAACAGAAUUGUCGGAUUAUGGAUCAUACUGGACACAUUCCUGGCACCGCUCCCUCAGCUGUUAAAGAUCCUGUGGAGAAGAAGUGCAGAGGGCCUCAGUCUGAGCUCUGCGCUGCUGCAGCUGUAUGCCUUAUCGUGUCCUGUGGUGUACGCCAUGGCCAACAACUUCCCCCUCUUUGCCUGGGGUGAGAGGCUCGUCACUUUGGCUCAGACUGCAGCAAUUGUCUUCCUUAUCCUGCAUUACCGUGGAGAAACCCUCACAGGAAUGCUGCUCCUCUUGGUUUACGGCGGUUUAAUGUUCCUUUUGGGCUCGUACGCAGCUGCAGCAGUAGCCUCAGUGAUGCAGGCCUCCAGUUUGGCUGCUUUAGUUGCAAGCAAGGGUCUCCAGGCUCGAACUAACUACUGUAACAGCAACACAGGCCAGCUGUCCACUCUGUCUGUGUUCCUGUCGUGGACCGGGUCUCUGGGUUCUAUCUUUGUGUCUCUGCAGGAGACAGAAAGCUUGUUUACCACCCUGUCACACACACUGUCCGUCUGCCUCAGCUGUGUUCUGCUGACUCAGGUCCUCUGCUACAGGAACAGCACCGCCACGAAAAUGAAGAUUGGUUAGAGGAGACAUCAUAUAUCAUAAUAUGAAAAUUCUUCCUGUCAUUCAAGAAAUGUUUCGUGCUUCUACGCAAGUUGUUGGCAUGUUACUAACUCAAAGACAGCACAGAUGUAGCAGGAAAUGUUUACACAAACUUCAUUUGGUAACACCUAAAUGAAUUAAGUUCUUUCAAAUUAAUUUAAUAAGUUAGAUAGAUAGAUAGAUAGAUAGAUAGAUAGAUAGAUAGAUAGAUAGAUAGAUAGAUAGAUAGAUAGAUAGAUAGAUAGAUAGAUAGACUUUAUUUAUCCCAAGCUGGGAAAUUACAGUGUAGCAGCAGCAUUACACACAGAGACAAUAACAACACAAUUAAAUAAUUAAAUAAAAAGAACAACCUAGGCAUACUUCAAGCAAUGAAAUAUAAAAAAUACAAUAAAAUGUAAUGUAAAAAUACAAAUAAAGUGUCUAAAGAAGGAGUAUGUAUUAAGGAGUAGAAUUUCAGUGCAGAAUAAAUAUGAAUAUGCAGUAUAAAAAUGUUGGUGCUAUGAAACAAAUAAGGUGCAAUGAACAGUGUGCAUAAAAAACACAUAAAGUGCAUAACGACGGUAUGUAAUGAACCAGACUAUUUGUUAUUGUACAGGGUGAUGGCAUGUGGAAGGAAAGAUUUUUAUAUAUAUAUAUAUAUAUAUAUCUUUAGAUUAACACAAUUGAUUUUAAAUUAAUUUGAAAGAACUUAGUUCAUUUAGGUGUUACCAAAUGAAACAAUUCAAUUAAGUUGAUUCUUUUUUCAGUGCAGUGUUAUUUGUACAAAUAUGCCUGUUACACAUGCUACUACAUUCAUGUCUACUUUAAGACGCGUCAUGUGCUGUGUGUGUCUGUGUAAAUGCUAUACAGUCAUUCUAUACAUUUUAAAUAUAACUUCGCUGUUGGUUUUGAAUUAUUGUGAGGAGGAGAGAAUAAAAAAUGUUUUUUACUUAUCUGAAUUUUGUGAAUGAGUUUAAAAAAAACGUUUGGCAGCUGUAGAAGUAUUUUUGUCAAUGUGAGAAAAGGUUUUGCAUGCAGAACGUGUAAAGGGUUUUCGUAGCUGUAAAAAUAUUUUGUGUAUGUAUAUAUUUAAAUAUGUAUGCAGUAAUAUUAUCAACAGUGAGGUUUCACAAAGUCUAAAAGACGAAUACAUAUUUACAUUUCCUGUCUGUGGGAGGGACACUGAAAUGAGUUACAAGCACAAAUUUCACCCCUGUUUUUACACUUCAGAGAUAAUAAUGAAAUAUGUGAUCCCAUGGGACUGAGUUCUUCUUUUCCCAACAUGGUCUCACAGAAAUCCGUGAAAUAGCCACGGAUUUCGCUUAACUCAAAAUCCGUGGAAUUGCCACGGAUUCGCUCAAAUUUCCGUGAAACUGACACGGAUUUCGCUACAAUGCAAGUUAAUGACAGUCAUAUC